AUGAGGUUGCGCUGGCCUCACCAGGCACAAUGGGUCGGUGUGCAUUUAUCUGGCCCACCCCGACGUGCUCCUCCACGGACGCGGUUGGCACCGCCCGGCGUGCACCAGCGGUGCCUGGAGGACAUAGUGAAGCCUGUCUGUCCUGUGGGGAGUUCACUGCCCCAGGAGACUUACUCUUCUGGAAGAUGUCACACAGCCCAAGGGGAUGUGGGAAUGGGGGCACAGUUUGGGGGAGCUGCUUCCCCGGGGGGUGGGGUGGGGGCACCCCAUGAAGAACGCAGCUCUGAGGUUGGGAAAAGUCUGCAGAGGCACCAUGUCCUCCUGCUCCAGGCUCAGUGUGGGUCUGCACCGCCUGCGGGACCCUGGGCUCACUGUCCCCGCGGCCCUUCUGCCUGCAGGAUGCCUGCCCCCCACGGAUGUCCAAUCAAGGGCAGCCUCCUGGCUUCACUCACUGCUGCACAAGUCCAGCCUCAGGACCCGGGGUCCCUGAACUGCCUCUGCUUUCUUUCUCAAGCGGACUGGACCCCCUGGGGCAGUAGUGCUCAGGGACACAAGUCAUUUGCUUCAAACAGAAAUGAGUGGUUGGCUCUGCUUGGAAAGGGAAACAUGGAAUCCUCAGGCUCCAGAGGGCCUUGGACAGGGAUGUGCCUCGUGGGCCUCCCAAGCCCCUCAGGGAACGUGGGGUCUGUAGCCAGGUGGACCUGGUCUGCUUGUGCUAACAGGGGCCGAUUUCUUCCCUUCCCAGGGCUCAGUUUGUUUCUCUUCUGCAAAUAA